AUGAUAUUCAUUCAUAACCCUCUACCACCAGAUCGCCAACUAAGGAUGGAUAUGGAGAACAGACACAAUGAUCAUAAUAAAGAAUGCGAUAUCACAAGAUUUGUAAUUACUGGAAUAUUUUUGUACACGCUUACCUCAUCAUUUAUUAUCAUCUUAAAUUAUCCGAUAUCACUAACAGCAAUCGUAAUACCUCUUAUAGUACUUGUUCACACAAUUGUUGUUUUGAGAGGAAAUCGACGACGAAAUUUGUGGCCAUGCAUUUUUAUCGCGUUCACUGGUUUUACCUUGAAAUCCGUUGCAAUUAUGUUAUUUUUUAUUAUCUAUCCUUUGCGAAGCGAAGAAAUCACUUCAAAAAUCAUUCAAACGUAUAAAAAAUCAAGUGCAUUUGGUUGGUCGAGAAUAAAAGAAAGAGCUGUAUUCUUCGGUGUACUUUUUGCGGCCGAAUUUAUUUUACUAAUACUAACUUGUUUCUUACAUUGGCAUUUAAUGGCUUUCUGCGACUUAUCACCAGCAAAUACCAUAUUAACAGAAACAGCAGAUCGAACUGAAAGAAAAAGACGUAAAACUGGAAGAGGCCAUCCACUAUGA